UUAUUCUGUUCAAAUAUAUAAAGGCCUCAGUAGAUUAGGACGGUCACAUAAGGUGAAAGGUUUGCACUAAGACAAUAAGAUUUUCAUCUUUUCAUUUUGGAUUCAAAGGAAGGAUGGGUGUCACAUGGAUAAUAUCAAUUUUGCUGAUUCUAACAGCGGCCACAACAACACCUGCUCAAACAACUACUACAUUAACGACAUCAGCAACAACACCUCCUCUGACAACAUCAUCUGCAACAGCAACAUCUUCUCCGACUACACCAACAGCAGAAACAACAUCUGCAACAUCACCUACUGUGACAACGACAUCUGCAGUUACAACACCAACAACAACGACAACGACAGCAACAUCUGCAACAACACUUGCUCCGACAACAUCAUCUGCAACAACAUCUGCUCCAACUACAACAACAGCAGUAUCAACAUCUGCAACAACAUCUGCUCCAACUACAACAACAGCAGUAUCAACAUCUGCAACAACAUCUGCUCCGACUACAACAGCAACAGCAGCCACAUCUGAAACAACAUCUGCUCCGACAACAACAGCAGCAGUAACCACAUCUGAAACAGCAUCUGCUCCGACAACAGCAGCAACAACAUCUGCUCCGACAACAACAGCAGCAACCACAUCUGCUCCAACAACAGCAGCAGCAACAUCUGAAACAUCAGGUCCGACAGCAGCAGCAGCAACAUCUGAAACAUCUGCUCCGAC